AUGAUAAAAUAAUAAAAUAUUUAGCUAUCAUUCCCUAAUUUAGAAGAAUGGCAUUAUAAAUAAUUAUAGGAAGUGUAUUAAACCUAAAUUCUAUAACAAUAUCACAUAUUAACUUAACAAAUAAAAACUAAAUUUCCUAUACCUAAUCAAAUAAAUGAAUAUGAAUUGCCAACUUAAGAUAAUGCAAUAUAAUUUUUUUAAAAUUACAAGCCUAUAAUCGUUGAUUUUAGUUAAGUGUAGGAUAUCAAAAUCAAAUUAUAUAAGAAUGCAGCAUAUUUUGGAAACUUAGUUGAUGGAUUUCGAUAAGGAUAAGGGGUUUUAAUAAAAUAGACAAUGUAAUUAUAUGAGGGUUCAUUUGAGAAGGAUAAAAAGGAAGGGAUAGGAUUUGAAGUUCUUAAAAGUAAUUAAUAUUAUUAUGGGAACUAUGUAAAUGGAUUACCAUAAGGAGAAGGAGUAUUUUGGUCAAAGAGUUAGAAAUAUAUAGGUUAAUGGCAUUAAGGAAAAAAAGUAAUAAUAAAUAUAAUUAAUUAGCAUGGAAUUGGAUGGUAUUAAGGAAUAAAUUAAGAUUAUUAUUUAGGAAAUUGGGAAAAUGGGAGAUGUUAUGGAUUUUUUUUACAUAUUAAUGGAUACAUGUAUAUAUAAAUGAUAUAAAAAUAAAUAGAUAUGUAGGUGAAAUAAUAAAUGAUUUAAAACAUGGUUUAGGUAAGGAGUAUUUAGAGAAUGGUGAUAUAUAUAAUGGUGAAUAUAGGAAUGGGAAACCAAAUGGAAAAGGAGAGUACUGGUGGAGUAAUGGGAAUCAUUAUUAAGGAGAAUUUGAAAAUGGAUUAAGAAAUGGUUAUGGAAUAUGGUAGAGUAAAACAAAAACAGGGAUAAAUUGUUAUAAGGGUUAUUAUUCAAAUGAUAAAAAAUGUGGGGAAGGUAUAUUUGAAUAUGCAAAUGGAACAGUUUAUAAUGGUAAUUUUAUGGAGGAUAAACGAUGUGGUUAUGGAUAGAUUAUUUGGAAUGAUAAAGCAACAUAUAAAGGAUAUUGGAAGGAUGGAUUAAUGGAUGGAGAAGGAGUCUAUUAGUAUGAUUCUUUAAUUUUGAAAGGAAAUUGGAAAUAGAAUUAAUUAUAAACUUUUGAUAAGGUUAGAAUGUCUUUAAAUGAAUUUCCAUAAUUACAUUAAAUUAAAGAUAUUAUUGAAAAUUAAGAUAUUUAAUCUUAAGUAGCAGAAGAACCAGAUUUAGAUUAAAUUUAGGAUUAAUUCUAAAAAGAAUUAUUAUUCGGAUCUAAAGCAGAAACAGUACAACUUAAUACUUCACAUAAUACUAGUCAUCAUGAUAUGUAAUUUAAUCCAAGAUUCUCUAUUCUUUAAAAAUAAUUUGAUUUAUUAAGUCUUUUGGAUUAGGGAUUAUAAUUUUAAUCUUUAGAAACUUCAUAAAGAUAAAAUAGUUUCAGUGUUGCAAUUCAAACAGAUUCUAAAAAGAAAUUCCUUCCUAAAUUAAAUAUAAAUAAGAAACAUCCAACUUAAUAUAAUAUAAAUUAAUCUUUUUAAGAAUAAAUGAAAAUAAAUAGUACUAAUUAUCAAUAUCGUAAUUUAUAAGGAACUCCUAAAAUGAAGGAAACCGAAAGUUUUCAUCAUCAUACCGAAAGGUUUUAAGGAUAGACAUAAAAAAAAUCAAAUCGUUCCGUUUAAAAUAGAAGUAAAAAAAAUAAGCAAGUUUUAUUAUCUAAAAAAGAAUAAAAUUUGUGGGCUAUAAAAAUGAAUAAACUUAAAUUAAGUCCUACAAAAUAUUCUAAGAUAUGGAAUCAUGAAGUAAAAUAAUGAUAAAUAAUUAAGGUUGUUGAUGAAAUUAGAUAAUUUCUUUAUCCUCCUGUUUGGAAACCCCCUUCUCAUAUACCUUGA